AUGCACAGCAGCAGCAGCAGCAGCAGCAGCAGCAGCAGCAGCAGCAGCAGCAGCAGCGGCGGCGGCCGGGGCCGGCUGGGGCACGGCAGGCGCGUCUUUCCCGCCACAAACGGCAGCAGCAGCAGCUUUCCUGCUGCUGCUGCACCAACAGCAGCAGCAGCAGCAGCAGCAAGACCUGCAGUGCAGCUGCUGCGCAUCGAAAGCAGAGACAGCAGAACUCUCAGCUCCAAGAAAAGGGCCCCUUAUCUCCUCAUUAUUGAAGUCUGUAAUCUAGAUGAGGAUUUGGAGCAGUUUUCUGAUGACCCUGAGCUGCAAAAAGAAGAAGUGAAAACGAAGUCCCUCUUUGUCUACAACUGCAUUCUCAAGGAGCUUAAGCAAAGGAAAUUGCUGCCUCCAAACUUCCAGUCGGAUGAAGAUCCCUUAACAAUAAUUCGGAGGGUUUUGGGAAUGCUGCAUCCGCCUGCUGCUGCUGCGGCUCCCCGUUGCUAG